GGCGCCUUCGGGGGUGGCGAAAGUCGCCGGGGUUCAUCAGGGAUAGCGCAGCUCGGGGUUGCUGUAGUGAUGGGCGGUGGAUUACGGACCCUCUGUAGAUAAGCGGAAUGAGUAUUUGCACCAGUUGCUCGCUUCCAGUUUGUUUCAUUAAAGAUUUGCAUUCAGGUGCUGAAGCGACAAAUGCCACAAGAAUAAGCUGAGAGCUCACAAAACACUGAAAAGAGACUGCUGCCUCAGCUUACUCGUGGACAUUAAUUAAGUGGUCCUUCCCGAGCCCUCGUACCAUCCAAGAGUAGGUAAGAAGGAAACGAAUAUGGCCAGCGGUAACAGACCUCCCACAGCUCGGUCUGCUUCAAGAGCAGGAGCAGGACUGACCUCUUCAUCCAGGCCUGCCUCUUCAUCGAGGACUCCGUCAGCAGGCAGAAUAGGAACAGCGAUGCCUCCUAGUACAGCAAGACCUGGUUCUCGUGGUGGUUCUUUAACUCCUGGAGGAGUCUUAUCAUCUCAGAUUAAGGUUGCAGACCGUCCAGUGACUCAACAGGGAUUAAGUGGAAUAAAAACUGCAAUGAAAGGUCCUCAGAGGCAAAUAAUGGAUAAAACAUACUACCUUGGGGUGCUGAGGAGUAAAACAAAUGAACUUACAACAGAAAUUAAUAAGCUGCAGGAAGAAGUAGAAAUGUACAAGCAAGAGAAAUCUAUCUAUUUGUCCUAUGAAAAACGGGCAGAGGCUUUAGCUGGUGAAAUCAAAGAUUUUCAAGGUCAACUAGCAGACUACAACAUGGUUGUGGAUAUACUUAACACCAGUACAGAUAUGGCAGAAGUGAUCCGUGAUUACAACAUGUUAAAGGUUCAGAAUGACCGAGACACUCAGAAUAUAGAUAAAAUUUUCACAGAAAGACAAGCCACAGAAAAGUUAAUUCAAGCUGUAGAAGAAGAUAUUGAGCGUGAAAAAGUUGUGGCAGAUGACAUAAUGAAAGAUAUGUCACAGGAAAAUCAAGCUAAAUAUCUGGAGAUAAAAGCAGCCAAUGAGAAACUCUCCCAGGAAUUGGUUGUUCAACAGCAAGAAUUGGAUGCACUAAAUGUAAAGGAAGAGAGUCUAAGAGCUGAAAUAGCACACUCUGGGGUGAAACAGGAAGCUGUGCAGUUGUAUGAAAAGCUCCAUGAGCUCAAGGAACGUCGAGAUCGGAUGAUUGCUGAGGAUAAGAACAUGGAGUCUCCACAAGACGAAAGAGACAGAUUACUAAAGCAGGUUAAAGAUGAUAGUCAAAAAAUUGCAAGCAUGGAAAGACAGUUGGCAGAAGUAAAAGAAAAAAUAGAUUAUUUUAAAAAGGUCAUUCAACGACUUGAUACAGAUCUGGAGAACUAUCGAGAAGGGGAAGAAAAUUGGAGAUACAAGGAGUUGAAGAAGCGGGAAGAGAGCAUGGACAAUUUUCUGGCGACUUUUGAAGAGGUGAAGAAUCAGGAAUUGGAACGAAAGGCCCAAAUAGAAGCCAACAUUGUUGCACUCCUGGAGCACUCGAGCAGGAAUCUGAAUCAUAUGAAACAAAUUUCAUCUGUUACCAAUCAAGACCUGAAGAUUAUGCAGGAAGACCUCACUUUCAAAUCAAAUGAAAUGCAGAAAUCACAGAGCACUGCUAAGAAUCUGAUUACAGAGAGUCAAAAACUGCAGCUGGACCUACAGAAGAUGGAACUGUUGGAGGGCAAGAUGGUUGGUGAACUGGCUUCUCUUAAAGACAAAAUUGAACAGACAAAAGCAGAGUUGGAGAUCUACAAUAAUUUGCCAGCUCUGAAAGCAUCAGGAGAAGAAAAGAAAAAGAAACUCGAGGAUGACAAAGAGAAAUUAACAAAACACAGUCGUGCUUUUAAGAAAAUAAUGGAGCUUUUGAAUACAGAGUAUGAGGCACUAAAGAAGGAGCUGCAAGAAAAUGAGACCCAUUCUCAGCUUACAAAUUUGGAGAGGAAGUGGCAGCACCAUGAGCAAAAUAACUUUAUGAUGAAGGAGUUCAUAGCAACAAAAAGUCAGGAGAGUGACUACCAGCCAAUAAUGAAGAAUUCGAGAAAGCUGGUCAAAGAAUACAACAAAGCCCUCAUAGAAGCUUUACAGAACACCAAGAACUGAAUCCAGGCAUUUCCUUCCUGCCCAAAGGGACCACAAUGAGAGAUGUGCAAAGGCCGUGUGGAAAGCUGGACUACUGAGAUAAUUUAUUCACCUCUAGGGUGACAGAUAUUCUUAAAACUAUUUUCCCAGGUUUUUAGAAGUUGCAGGUUUCAAUACUAUCCCUCCUUUUGCAUUGUUUAAAAUUUUUAGAAACAUCUGAAUUUUAGAAACAAAAAGGAAAUACUGCCCAAUGUGUUGCUGAGGCCCAUUGUUGAAUUGCAUCUCAAAUGUGAAAUUUUAGUCUGCCUUAUAUGCAGAAUUUCUAAUUGCCUUGUAGUCCUACUUCUGCCAGAGAGAACAGGACUACUUGACAGGCUAUCAUAAGCAUUAUCUUCAAAUAAGUGCAUAAUAAGAUGAAUGGUAAUAUCAAAAUACCAUACCUAUAUAUAUAGCAAUUUAUACCAAGUAAGGAAAGCAUCUUAGGAUGACAAGCAUCUUUUAAAGUCAAAAUUGCUUCAUAGUGUAAGAUCUUAAAAUAAAAGCAAAUGCCAGCAAAUUUCCAUUUCCUAAUGAAGAAUUAUCUUUGUUAUUUUUUAAGAUGUAAUUUUAAAGAGCAAACUGAUAAAAUGUAGUGAAAUAUAGCUAGCUGAUUUUGUGUGGAGCGUUUUACUGCUGUAGUAUUCACCAGUAAAGGAAAUAGCAGAGAAAUUUAUUUGUAUUUUCUGCAAUGCUUUUUCCCCUCCAGUUUCAAGCAGCAGUGUCACAUGAAACCUCUGACAAAAAUCCACAAGGAAGAAUUUCAACAUAGAACAUAACAUUGUUAUAUAGAAAAUAACAAUGUGCUUUAUGAUGCAGAAAUUUCAGAAAAUGUUUAGAUUUUUUAAAAUUUCCAUUUAUAUAUUUGUCUCACAUUCUACACGUAAUGUAUUUUAUAAAUUGCUUGUUGAUCAUUUCUUUCACCUGGUAUAUUUUAAUCUAGUCCUGAUCAAAUAGAAAAAGCACAGUUGACUAUAGAUAGAAAUCUUAGUUGAACAGUAAACUAGUCUUACAGAAAGAACUGCAAAAAAGCAGUGGGGUCUGGAUUUAUAGUUUUUCUGCUCACUUAGAAAAGUUUUCCAGAAAAGAGGUAGUCUGUGCACCUCGCUUCAUGAAACUGGAGUAGAGAAAUUAUUAGGAAAUGUUCUGAGUCCAUUAAAAUAGUUCUGUAUUUUUGUCACUAAAAUUCCUCAAA